AUGGAAAGGGAUAGAGGUCAAUCCUCAAAGGCUGAGAAGGUUUAUGUUGUUUGGAGCUCUCUUUGGAACCUUCCAAUCCCAAAUUUGGUUAAGAUGUUCAUGUGGCGUGCGUGUAAUGACAUCCUCCCUACUAGAUUGAAUCUUCUUAAACGGAGAGUGAUUGAUGAUGGUAGUUGUCCUUGGUGUAAUUUAGAGGAGGAAUCUAUAGCCCAUGCAAUCUGGUUUUGUCCAACUGCAAAAGAUGUGUGGAAUGCUGACCAUUCUAUUUUCCAUAAAUGUGCUUUUGUUGAACAACCUUUUUUGGACAUUUUUCAGCAAUGUUUAAAUCGUUUUGACAGGUUUGAGAUGGCUCUCUUUGCUGCUAUUGCUAGGAAGAUUUGGCUGAGGAGAAAUGCUAUGAUUUUUGAAGGUGUCUUUGAACACCCAAAAAAGAUCUAUGCAGAUGCUGUCAGAUUGGUGGGUGAUUUUAAAAGGUGUCUUAAAGGUGAUGAAGAGAUGUCCAAGUCUAUACAAGAGAAUGUUCGAGUUUUUUCUUGUUGGAAGCCUCCUCCAGAGGGAACCAUCAAGGUUAAUUUUGAUGCAGCCAUCAAUAAAAGUGCUGGCUAUGUUGGGGUGGGAUUGAUUGUUAGGGAUUAUUUGGGUAAUUUAAAGGGAGCUCAACGUCUUUCUUUUUCAUUGCUAACUGAUGCCUAUAAUGCAGAACUUAUGGCGGCCUCUCGUGCUACUAUUUUAUGCACUCAAGCUGGAUUCUUGAAUGUGAUACUUGAAGGUGAUGCUUUGAAGGUUAUAAAAGAUGUAAAUUCCCCCCGGAAGCCUCGCACUUAA